GUCAAGUGUCCAAGGCUGGAUUUGAACUCAGGUCCUUCUGACUCCAGGGCCCAUGGAACAUAUUGUUUACGUACAGCAACUCAUGUAGCAAAGGUUAUCCUGCAUAUCACAUGUCUGUAACUGUUCUGCCUGUGGGUAGCAUUAGGAUUUGUUCCUUGCUGCCUGAACACUAUCAAAAUUGCUUUAGGAAUUUUGGACUUAUUUGAUUCAAAAGAAAAAACGGUAACAAAUGGACAAUAUGUCUAUUACUAACACACCCACAAGUAAUGAUGCCUGUCUGAGCAUUGUUCAUAGUUUGAUGUGCCAUAGACAAGGUGGAGAAAGUGAAACAUUUGCAAAAAGAGCAAUUGAAAGUUUGGUAAAGAAGCUGAAGGAAAAGAAGGAUGAAUUGGAUUCUUUAAUAACAGCUAUAACUACAAAUGGCGCCCAUCCUAGCAAAUGUGUCACGAUACAGAGGACAUUGGAUGGCAGGCUUCAGGUGGCUGGUCGGAAAGGUUUCCCUCAUGUUAUAUAUGCUCGUCUCUGGAGGUGGCCUGAUCUUCACAAAAAUGAACUUAAACAUGUGAAGUACUGUCAGUAUGCUUUUGACCUAAAAUGUGAUAGUGUCUGUGUGAAUCCAUAUCAUUAUGAAAGAGUUGUAUCACCUGGCAUUGAUCUCUCAGGAUUGACACUGCAAAGUUCUGCUCCAUCAAGUAUGUUGGUGAAGGACGAGUAUGUUCAUGACUUUGAGGGACAGCCAUCAUUGUCCACUGAAGGACAUUCAAUUCAAACCAUACAGCAUCCACCAAGUAACCGUGCAUCUUCAGAGACAUACACCAACCCAGCCAUGUUAGCUCCGUCUGAGUCUAACACUACCAGCACCACUAACUUUCCCAACAUUCCUGUGGCUUCCACAAGUCAACCUACCAGUAUAUUGACAGGCAGCCAUAGUGAAGGACUUUUGCAGAUAGCUUCAGGACCUCAGCCGGGACAGCAGCAGAAUGGAUUUACUGCUCAACCAGCUACUUACCAUCAUAACAGUACUACCACCUGGACUGGAAGUAGAACUACAGCAUAUACGCCUAAUAUACCUCACCACCAAAAUGGUCAUCUUCAGCAUCAUCCACCUAUGCCACCCCAUCCUGGACAUUACUGGCCAGUUCACAAUGAGAUUGCAUUCCAGCCUCCCAUUUCUAAUCAUCCUGCUCCUGAAUAUUGGUGUUCAAUUGCUUACUUUGAAAUGGACGUUCAGGUAGGAGAGACAUUUAAAGUUCCUUCAAGCUGCCCAAUUGUUACUGUUGAUGGAUAUGUGGACCCAUCUGGAGGAGACCGAUUUUGCUUGGGUCAGCUCUCGAACGUUCACAGAACUGAAGCCAUUGAAAGAGCAAGGUUGCACAUAGGCAAGGGUGUGCAGUUGGAAUGUAAAGGUGAAGGUGAUGUUUGGGUUAGGUGCCUCAGUGAUCAUGCAGUGUUUGUGCAGAGUUACUACUUAGACAGAGAAGCUGGGCGAGCACCAGGAGAUGCUGUUCAUAAGAUUUAUCCGAGUGCAUAUAUAAAGGUAUUUGAUUUACGCCAGUGCCAUCGUCAGAUGCAACAACAGGCUGCCACUGCACAAGCUGCAGCAGCUGCUCAGGCCGCAGCAGUAGCAGGAAAUAUCCCUGGACCAGGAUCAGUAGGUGGAAUAGCCCCUGCUAUCAGUCUGUCAGCGGCUGCUGGGAUUGGCGUGGAUGACCUGCGCCGCUUAUGCAUACUCAGGAUGAGUUUUGUAAAAGGCUGGGGCCCUGACUACCCAAGGCAAAGCAUCAAAGAAACACCUUGCUGGAUUGAGAUUCAUUUACAUCGUGCCCUCCAACUCCUAGAUGAAGUACUCCAUACCAUGCCUAUUGCAGACCCACAGCCAUUAGACUGAGGUCUCUGUGCUGUGGCCAUGUGUCAGGAUGUUGAACUGUAAAAUACAAUCCUGUUUAUAACCUGAAGAUAUAUUUUACUUUUGUUCUGCUUAAUCUUUUCAUAAAAGGUUGGAAAAUGUGUUUGCUGCCUUGCUCCUAGCAGACAGAAACUGGAGUUUAAAAAUUUCCCCCCAUUAAGAGACUUGUUCAGGUAUGAGGCAUGACUCAGAGCUUGAAAUAGGGGAAAACAAUUCAGAUGAAGUCCUCACUAGCUAUAUAUGAAGGAAUCAUUCCAGUGCUGGAAAAUGUAACCCUUGGCACAUACUAGAGCCUUUUGUGUGCAAAACCUAUAUACAUAAUCUAUAAUGUUAUUCUACAGAAUAAAUUCAACAUUGCUAAUGUUUAAAUGCAGAGGAAGUUCUCAAAGGUAAUUCACCUCUAUCUCAUUCUGUAUGUGAGUGGUUACUAUUAAGCAUAUAUCUUAAUCAAAAAUACUGUGCCAUGUGGGUGAGUUAAUAUUAUUAAGAGCAACUUGACUCUGCAUUUAAGGAGAUUUGGUCACAAAAAUUUCAGUGUAACCUUUUCCCAAAAUAAUUUCUUUGAAACUUGAACAAGUGAAGACAAAAUUUUAAUUCAUAUUGUAGCUUGCAGCUUCAAUUUUACAUUUGCCAAGGCUGAUAUGUAUGUACAUAUUUGAAAAUUCCUUAUCACUAGACAAAGACUUGUUUUAAAUUACAUUUUGCUCUCUGUCUGAUAACUGUGAUUAACAAAAGGUAUUUCUCUGCCCUGUUGAAGAAUGGUAGCUAUAUUCUUCUUAAAUUUCUGGGCAUUGGGUCUGGUUACUAAAAAAAAGCCUGGGAUAGGAAUUGCUUUCCUUCAUUAAUUCAUAGGGAAAACUUUUGUAUUUUUAAAACACUAAAAGGAGUAUUAUCACUCCACUUAAAUGUCACACUGUUCUGCAAAGCUGAUGAUGCUUAAACUAAAUAAUGAAUAACUAGUAUUUUGGAAACUGCUAAAAUCUGUGUUAAAAUACUGUGCAGAAUAAUGGAAACGUUACAAUUGUUCAUAAUGGGUAGUUUAACUAUUUUUGUACUUGAUUUGAUGUGUGAUUUUUCGUAUACAGUUUAAAUCAUGUAUGUUAUGACAUUGUUUGAAAUUCAGUUUUUGUAUCUUGGGGCAAGACUGCAAACUUGUUUUUUAUACCUUUUGGUUAUUCUAAGCCCUAUGCCAUCAAUGACCAUAUCAAUUGGCAGUGACUUUGUAUAGAGAAUUUAAGUAGAAAAAGUUGCAAUUGUAUUGACUGUACAACAGACACAAUAUGUAUGCUUUUUAUCUAGCUAGUAGUAUAAAUAAAACUCUCAAAAUCUCAGUAUACAAAAUUGGAAUCUAGGUUUGCUUUUAAAAAAAUUUUUUUUGCACUCGAGGCCAUUAACUCAAUGGUAAAUCAUUUUUCUACUAAAUGACAGGCAAAAACUACAGUAGUAAGCAAGCAACCGUGGUUGUUAAUACUUUAUACAAGACUUCUUCACUGUUCAUUAUGUCUAAUGUGUAGAAGUUCAAGAUUUUCUGUGAACUUUUUGCAGUAGCAGAAAUAGGCCUGGCUGUCUACAAGAUAAAUAAUGUGAAAUAAAAUAUAGUAUCACUCACAGAUUU